UUUUGACAGACAUAAAAAGCCAGGAUAAAAUAUUACCAAGCAAGAAAUACAAAAACACUUCAGCAUGUUAUAUAACUUUAGGUGACAUUAAUACUUAUGGAGUUCAAUUCCUAACAAGACAUCAUUCAUAAUGUCGAAUACACAAGUAUUUGAUGAGGCUUCUAACCGUAUCAACAAAACUGUAAUCAAAAGACCUGAUUCUGGAAUACAUAACAGCAUGGAACUGUCUGGUGAUCACGAUAGAGGAAAAAAAAGUACUGAGGCCGAGCAACAUGAUUCUGGUAGGGAAAGCGAUCAACAAGAAGUGGCACAGAAAAAAUCUGGAUUUAUAAAAAGUAUUAAGAAAAUGUUUAAAAGUAAAAAGAAAGACAAAAUGGGCAAACGUAGUAAAAGUCAAGAUAAUUUGGACAGUCAAUACAAAGCUCAUUCAGUGCCUGACAUGCUGACCCAUACGGGAGCUUCACAUGAUAUACAACGAUACAGCUCAGACAAAAGUAAACAAAAUGAGAAAAAAGACGGACAGGGAGCAUCCACUGAUUUUGUUGAUGUUGACGAUGAUGAAAAUAAGGAGAAGAAAACACCAUUAAAAGACGCCCAGCAAUACAUACGUAGCUCGCUCCGGAAAUUUAAAAACAAACGAAAGAAAUCCGCCGGAGGUGAUUCGCCUAACUCAGUUGUCAAGAUACCUGACAAGGUGGAUGGAAGCAAGGACAAGUCACUUGAACCAGUAGACAACACUGAUUUUUUCAGCUCGCCUUCAGCGGCUCAGCCUGCAGUUAUGACUCACACCUCGAUUAACCUGUCAGAUAUAACGUCACAGACGCCAAAAAUCGAGACAUCUGCAGCCAAGGACAGGAUUCGUAUCGCUCCUCAAAAUAGAAGGCUACCUUCAAAAUAUCGGUCACCUCCCCCGUCUUCCACACACUCCUCCUCACUGCGAAAGAUAAACGAAAAUGAGAAUGCAGGUAUAUUUUCAACGCAAAGCGAUUCUUCUUGGCGUAAAUCGGAGAGCGACAAGUCAGCUUUAGUGAAUGGAGAGUUUAGAGAGGAAAAACCUAAGAAAAAAGCCCCUCCUAAACCAGCUAGACGUAAUCUUGUAACAAAAUCGACAGAAGAUUUGACGACAACUCCUCGUGAUUCUGCUGCUCAACGUUCUGCUUCAACCAACUCUCGUGAAAAUGUAUCCAACAAAAGCGAAAAACCUGUUCCCAAACCUCGAAGUAAUGUCAGUUCGUCAUCUUCUCUAGACAAAAGCGAAAGUUUGCGUUCUUAUAGUGGUUCGCGUGGUGUAUUCAAUGACAACUCUUCGAAUGUUUUUCGUGAUAGAAAUGACAGUACGAGUAAAUCAAUUAGUAGCGUAAAUGAGGAGACUGGGACUAAAGUGGAUGAUAAAUUUCCUUUUCGCAAUAAGAAAAAGAGUUAUGAUGAAAUAGAGAAGAUCAAAGUUAGUAAAAGUAACUCAUAUGAGGAUGAAAGUAGCUUUAAAAGAAAUUCUGCAGAGACUUCACUCGGUUUAUCUAAGGAAAGGUUUUCCUGGAUUAAGAACAGUGAAAAUGACUUCGAAAACAAGGAAGUAGGAAAUGGAGGAAAUAUUGCACAAAGGAGGUUCGCCAACACUUCUUCGGAUGCUAAGAACAAUGACUCGUCCAUGAACAAAAAUGAUAAAGAUUUUUCUUGGAUUAAAACCGAGGAGGGUGCAACUGAAACGAGCGAAAAGUUCCAAAGAAGUUUUGACGAUAUUUUUCACAACUUUCAGCAAGAAAAUGAUAGUAAAAAGAACGAUUUACCCAAAAAACUUCAUCGUAACGACAAAAAAUCUUCCUACUUUAAAAGUACUGGAGAUCUAUCUGACAAAACUGAAAGUCCUUUCAAUAGGCAUAAAGACAGAGAAUUUCGAAAGAGUACUGAAGAUGUGUCUUGGAUUAAGAAAGAUCAAAUUUUAAAGCGAAGCAAAGAAGAGAUAUCUCGAACAAAUUCUGACGAUAGCAAAAAGUCGGAAAACAAACCAAGCCAUUAUCCUGAUACCACUAAAAAUAGUUAUGGCGAGACGACGUUUGCUUUAACUAGCCCUCGCAGAGACCUUGAACUACCUUCUGAUUUUAUUGGAAAGCACGUGUCAAAAACUAAAGAUAUUAACGAACAUUCCAAUCAUGUUUCUGGUAACGAGGCGCCCCAUAAGGAAGGGAACUCGAUAAAGCGCGCCGAACGUCCCCAAUCAGUGAAGAUCCGUUCAUCUGAGAUUACAGAGUUGAGUAACGCCGUUCUUUUGUCAUCUUCCAAUAGUAACGAGAAAAUAAAAGAUUUAGGGAAGUCAAUGCAGCCAGAAAGAAAACCGAAACCUGUAGUAAGUCCUAAAAAGCUCAAGCCGUUAACGAGUCCAAAAGGUGAUGCACCGGAGAGCAGCGAUGUGCUUGCGUUUAGUAGAAAAUCGUUGAAGAAGGUUCCAAAAACCGAUGACUUUUCAGGUAAACAGGAUGGCGAGAGUAGUGCUACGUCUUCUUUUGAAAACAUACCAAGCCCUAAUACUGAAGAGUCAAAACUGUCUGAUAGCUUUAUGCGGAAACAAAAAUCUGAAGAAAAAGAAGUGGAGAUUGAUAGUGGUAAAAGCACGGAGUUGCGUAAGAUUUCCUUGAAGAAGAUUCAACAGGUGGAUGCUUACCAUCAACAAAGCAAAGAAGGUGAGGAAAGCUCAGUACCUGCAUUUAACAGAUUCUCCUUAAAAAAGAUUCCAAAGAGAGAUGAUUUUGUUGGCAAGGAAGAAGAUAAAGAGACAGAGGAAAAUAAAGAGAAAGAAAAGGAUGUAAAAUCACUUUCUUUUGAAAAUAGAUUUAAACUUAGAAAUGAUUUCGAACACGGUAAAUUGCGGACUGGUUCACUUAAAGCCAGUCCACCGAAACAUUUAGUUGUUAAUAAUCCAAAAACGGAUGCUGGUUCGUUUUCUUUUCAAAGUCAAGAUAUAAGCGAUAGAAACCGUUCGCAAUCUCUGUCGACUGCUGAAGCAAAGAAAAUGCGACAGGGUAUGUCUCCCACUGAAGAGAAAAAGAAGGUACCUGAUUGGAUUAAGAUGGCUAAAAUGAAACAACGUAAUAACGAAAGCGAAACUACGCAUGGCAGUAAAGAAGAAGGACAGGCAAGCCCAAAACCAGUGACUUCACCCAAACCUAAACCAAGUCCCAAACCCGAUCCAUCUCGCACUGCUGCUUCUACUCCAAACUCUACAAAAAGCAUGAAGCUGCCUAACACUCCACAGCUGACAACUCCAUCUCGUGCUUCACAUAGCUUCAACGCACAGAAAGAUGUCUCGAAAAAUCAGUGUAUUGUAUGUGGCAAGACUGCAUAUAUGGUGGAACGAUGCGAGGUGGACCACCAUACUCUACAUAAAGACUGCGCCAAGUGUACUAUCUGCUCUCGGAAGUUAAACGUUGGCGGUAUUUUCGUCCAUGAUGAGAAAGUUUAUUGUUCCCAACACAAACAAUGAGAGAAUACACGCCUGGUAGACGUCAAUGUAUGACGCCCUCGUAAACAUCCCGUCAGAGACUAAUUUUAAUCAGGACCGCAAACUGAUUGUCGACGGAAUCAUCAAAACGGAUUUUCUUUAAAGAAAAAUAUCUUGGAGAACUUUAACUUUAAAAAUCUAUCAAAUGCCUAAAUGUAGGAGGGGGUGGAAACCUCAGUCUUUUCACUAACUUACCGUUUUUCAAAGUUUCCAAUCUUGCCCAUUUUCCUUCUAAAAACUUCACUUCCGUCCCUCUUAAAUUAGGCACCUAAACUUAAGCCAAAAA